GGAACAGGAAAAGGUAACGAAAACUCUCGCCGCUCAUAGGAAUAUCUGCGACGACCGCCCAGCAUGCCGCCUCAGAUCAAGCAAGAUCUUAACCGCUCAGGAUGGGAAACCACCGACUUACCCUCCGUCUGCGAGCGCUGCCUAUCCGACAAUCCCUACGUUCAAAUGCUCAAGGAAGACUACGGCGCCGAAUGUAAACUGUGCACACGACCCUUCACAAUUUUCCGCUGGAAAGCAGAUCGUACAGCCCGCCAAAAGCGAACCGGAAUCUGCCUCACAUGCGCGCGACUGAAGAACUGCUGCCAGUGCUGCAUGCUGGAUCUCUCCUUUGGAUUGCCCAUCACGAUCAGAGAUGCUGCGUUGAAGAUGGUCGCGCCGGGGCCGCAGAGUGAAGUGAACAGGGAAUACUUUGCGCAGAACAAUGAGAGGGAGAUUGAAGAAGGACGAGGGCUGGAAGGGUAUGAGAAGACGGACGAGAAGGCGAGGGAUCUGUUGAGAAGACUGGCGAGCUCAGAACCAUACUACAAAAAGCAACGCCGACUGGAAGCAGAGAACGCCGAGGAAGCUGGACAGAAAUUAUUAGAAGGAGGAGAGAGCUCGGAAGGACACAAGCCCGGCCCAAUUCGCACGCAAAAAUCUGCCUAUGGUAGUGCAUACGGACCUCUAUCCUCUCGAGGCGGCGCAUCGUCUGCCUCCAGCAGAGGUGGUCGAGGCGGUGCUCGGGGAGGCAAAGGCUUCCCAUCUGCCGCCGCUCUCCCUCCACAACCGAAAGACAUCCUCCCUCCAGCCGACAAGAACGUCACAUCACUCUUCAUCACCGGUGUCGAAGACGACCUCCCGGAACACGACCUACGAACGCACUUCUCACAAUACGGUGCUCUGCGAUCGGUGGUAUGCAGUCAUCGCUCCCACUGCGCAUUUAUGAAUUACAUGGAUCGUGAAGGAGCGGAGGCAGCGGCAGCAGCGUGUCAGGGACGAGCAGUGGUCAAGGGCGUGCCGUUGAGAGUGCAAUGGGGAAAGCCGAAGCCGAUGGACAAUAUGGACCGGGAGACGAGGGUGGCGAACGCGCAGGCUGGAAGGGGAGUGGAGAGGAGUCGAGGUGAUGGAGGAAAUGCCGCAGGCAAGAGGGCGAUCACGAGUGGGAGUGAGCAGGCUGGCGAGGAGCAGUUGGACGGAUUGGAUAUGGUUGCUCCACCGCCCGGGCAGGGUGAUGUGGAGUAUGCUGCUAUGGCUGGGGAGUGA